CAACAUUUGACAACAUCAAAACAAAAAUGUAAAAUCAAAGAUGUAUGCAACAUAAAUAUUUAUUUUUAUAUUUAUACGUUUUUACUUAAAAGCGUAAAACAAUGAACACUUUUAAAAACAAAAUUAAUUAUGAAAGUCCAUGUGACUCGGAUAAUGAUUGGACUUCUUCAGAAGAUUCAAAAUAUUCUGACUCGGAAAGUUCGGUUCCAGAAUGGGAUUCCGAUAUCGGUGAGGAUGGAGAACUUGUAUAUAUGAAAAUUAAAAGUAUUACUAAACUGGUUGACGAUUCUAAAACACCGCUAUUAGAAAAUUGCGAGGCUUUUAAAUUAAGAAGCGAUUUUAUGAGAUCGUCUACUAGACGUUCCACUAAAGUAUAUUUGCGACUUCAAACUAAGAAAGUGUUAAAAAAACGAAAAGUGAUUAAUAAAGAAAAUGGAAAGGAGAAAAAAAAAGAAUUUGAAGACAAUAACAAAUUUGUCAUUAUACAGGUCAGCAAAAGUAUGAUAUUCAGUAGUGAAAAAAAUUGUCAGAUUGAAAAGCUUUUCGGCAUCAGUUUAGAAACACACAAUGAUGGUAAAACAUUGGUUGUAUCUGAUUUUUUGCCUGAAUCAAAGGCCAUAUACACUCCAAAAGUUAAAACAGGAUUUUACUUGCAAAAAAUAAAUGGAAUAGAGGUCACAUCUUACAAUAUUAACAAUAUCCUUCAAAGAGUUGUUGAGGAUGUUGAUAAUCCUAAACUGACUUUUCAAGUCGUGACGGAAGGUUACAAUUUAGAUAUAGAAAAGUUAUUGACUUCGAAGUGCGCUCCUGAAAAUUCUCUCACUCAAAUGUUAAAGGAUGCAAUGUGCUCUGUACUUUAUAUAUGCUGCAAUGAUGUUGAGUAUCAGAGUAAUGAUGACAAAGGUGUACUUUAUUGUUUUCCGAGACCAUUUAAUCAGAACUUUUUAUAUAACACUAGAGGUGCUUAUUUAACACUUAAUCAUUUGGCACCUAAAUCAUUAGGUACUAGUGAGCCCACUAUAUCAUCUGUAUUACACAAGAAUCAACUCAUAAAUAUUACAUAUGCAUCUCAUUACAGUGAUUUGCUCUUAGUUGCAAUACCAUGCGGUGAUAUUGAUGUUUUUGCUGCUAAAAGAAUCAUUGUUGAAAUCGUUCGGUUACUAGAAUUUUUGUAUGGCUCAUUGAAAACUUGCUUUACGAAACCUAAUAAUGUCGACAAGUUGGAUAGUCUAUUUUCACGAAUUUUCGUAACAUUAUUAAAUGAAAGUAUUAAUAAAAAUAAUGAUAGUCAAAGUAGAGUGUAUGGGAGUUCACAUUUUGAAGAUUUAUUGGCUGCUCAUGCAAUGUCAUUACCAUUGGAGGUCAAACUUCAAGUGGACGAUGCCAUUACAGAGUUGGAAGCAGCUGAUUAUCGAGAAUGGAUUGAUGAUGUUGAAAAUUUUCAAAGAUUAUACACAGUAUUAGGAGCCUGUUUAUAUUAUUCAGGACAUUUAUUAAGUUCACAUCUGCAAGAUGAGGAUUUAAAAGAAGUAAAUGCAUGCACCUAA